AUGGCCAUGUCAAAUGCUGCUCCAAACCUUGGCAACUUGGCAAUGCUGAUGCCUCCACCGCCAACACCAACUGCUCAUCACAACUCCAAGUUUUCCCCUGCUGGUCCAAGUGUCCAAGUGCCAUCCACUUGGCAGAAUGUCCCUCAGCCAGCAAACCCUCCAGCAAAUGCUGCAUCGGGCCACAUGAUCAUGCUGCCACCUGGCUCCACUGGUUAUAGCACACAGCAUGUGCAUUAUGCAGCUCAAUGUGAACGUUGGGCACACAUGGCUCACAAUCUGCCUCCCCCAGAGACAAUCUCCUUAGAAAUAUGGGCAGUCUUCAAAGCUGGGGGCAAAAAGAAGAAUCUGCGAGCAAACAACAUCAGGAGUAUCUGUGAGGGGCUGAAAGACGUUGAUGCGCUGAGCACUGCACACUAA